CUAACUCUGUGUGUCUGUCUCUCUGUAUCUUUCAGAUGUGUAUCUCUCUCUCUACUUCCCUUCAGUCACAGAGAUAAGCCCUACGCUGGUUUGAAAGAAGAGGAUGAAGAGGAGGAGGAGGAGGAGAAGGAGGAGAUGAGCUUGGCCACAGGAGUCCAGUCCAGGCUGCUGAAUCCAGUCCUUUGCUUGCUGCCAGCCGCCAUAGUGUGUGCACUAUUGUGUACGGCUGGGGGAAGGAGAGAGAGAGAGAGACCGAGAGAGAGAGAGAGAGAGAGAGAGAGAGGGGGGGGGGAAAAACCCAGUCCCUUUGUGUGGGAAGGACACAGCAGGAAAGUGAUUUUGCGAUUACUUUAGCGUGCCGGCAAGGCAAGACUCUUUCCUCUCUCUGACACACACACACACACUCACACACUUAAAGCUCACACACACCUCGAUCUUCUUCUCUACAGUGUGCUGUAUGCGGCUCCAGUUUGCUCGGUGUGUGUGUGUGUCUCAGAUCGUCCGAGUGGAAGCCGUCUGGCUUCUCCUGAUGAUGAACUUCGACGUCAGAACAUCCCCCAUGAAUAUUGAUGUGGAGGCUAGUCGGCUUCACACGGGAGCAGAAGGAGGCAAGAUGGCGGCCGUUUAGGAUUUGUUAAAGAGAAGAACCCACGGGCAGUUUGUUGGAAUCUUUCUACAAAGUGGAGGGACACAAAGAAGAGGACGCACAGAGGCCAGCCCUGUGGAUGGACUCAGAGCAGGCCAGAUGGAAACAGAACAGGGCAGCCAUGAGACGGAAGAAAGUCUGAUUCUAGCACAGCUCAGAGCCGCAGCCAACAACCCAGACACUCCGAUCGCCACCAAGAUCCAAAAUGGCUCCCAGUCGCCGGAGGGGCCAUCUCCACAGAUCAACGGGGAGGGAAACUGGAACCAUUACAAAGCCGUAGGGUCCGACGCAGGAAUCAACCCAAUGAAGAGGCACAGAGACUGCAGCAGCCCUGCCUUGGUACAGGGGCCGUUUGACCAGGGAUCCUAUAUCAACGGGGAGCUCAAGCAAACGCUGGAAGGCCAGUCGUUACUGGGCCGACAGCAGCCCAAGAAACAGCGUCCGGGUGACUCUGAAGUGAAUGGAGAAGGGGACAUGACUUCAUGGGAUGAAAAGGGCGUGGUGGGAGAUGGAGGCAUAGGGGAUGACAACGACUUCCCUGAGCUGACCAAACCGGGGCAGUUUGAGACGAAACUGGAGAAGAGAAACUGCAACUUCUCCAACAGGGAUAUCUUCUCACUCUCCAGGAAUAAAUCCAAACAGAUGCAGAUGGCAAACGGUGCUACAGCGCCCCCUACCUCCAUGGAGGGUACUCCUGGUGACCUUCUGGAGAAAACUCUCUCUCAGUAUUACCCCGAGCAAGUAUCCAUCGCCCCGCAGAACUCCGGUGGAACGCAACCUGCCGGAAACGAUGGUUCUCUAGGUCACCACCUUCCCAGUCAGGCCCGGAGCUCCCCUUCUCUUACCUCAGGAUUCCCUCUCUCAGCCCCGAUGCCCCCCUCUUCUGAGGCCCAGUCCGGGGUGGCACAUGGCGGUGGUAACAGCUACAGCUCUGCCACAACCCCUUACAUGGUGAACGGAUACUCACAUAACAGCUAUGGAGGCGGGGAACACCACCACCAACAACAACAACGACAACAGCAGCAGCAGUCGCACCCCCUCCAGGGCACUCCAGGGCAAGACCAGGAUCCCUCCGUGGGUCAGAUGGGACAGCAGGGGCCUGGAACCGACAACGGACUGCACCAGAACGGCACGCAUUGUUAUCCAGCCGAGCAGAACUCCAAACAAGAAGCAUUUGGCAAACCCAGCCAGGUGGAGUUUAACCAGAACCACCAGGGUUCCUUCCCAGAGCGGCCGAGUGCAGAGGAGGACGUACACGGGUAUGGAUCGUUCCCCAGUCCGGGAAUGCCGAGACUGGGACAGAGGGGUGAGGAUCCUGGGUGCGGUGGUCGGCCAAACCACGACCCACAGCGGAGCUUCCAGUACGGCAUGCAGCCCCAACAGUCGCAGCAUCCAUUUGGGGGGAAUCCGUGUGGAGGAGACACCCUAACCCCCAAAGGCUCCAGGGGAACCCAGGGCCCUCUGCCCCAUUCCCAGCAUGGAGGUGCAGAUCCUGGGUCGCAGCCGCCUCUUCGCUCUGGCUUAUCCAACGGCACAGAGGAGCUAGGCUCUGUUUCUCCUCAGAUAGGCUGGAUCGACCUCAACUCGUCCCAGCCCCAACCCGGUGGUAAAGAAGGAGGCGGAAGAGGUGGAGGAAUAGGAGGUGGAGAAGGAAGAGCAGGAGGCAGCGACCGGGGAGUCCCACAGAACCAGCAACAGUGGAGGGGUUUCCCUGCCCAGCCCCAGCCGGAGAAACACCCAGACCCCCAGGCCCACGGCCAGAUGCUGGAGCCAGGCCCAGCCAGGAGCCUCCAGACGCAGGGAGGCUUUGUCAACGGAUCCCCUGGCCCUGGAUCCUUCCGGCAGCAGGAGGCCCAGACAGCUCCUGGCAGGCACAACACUGCCCCUGAGUGGCCGCCGCACGGCAACUCGAAAGGCCCCCACAUGCAGGUUCCCCAGCAGGGCCAACUAGAGGGGCAGUUCCCUCCCCAGGGGUGUAACCAGCCCCCCCAGGGUUGUAACCAGCCUCCCCAGGGGUGUAACCAGCCCUCCCAAGGGUGUAACCAGCCUCCCCAGGGGUGUAACCAGCCCCCCCAGGGGUGUAACCAGCCCCCCCAGGUGGACGGUAGCUUCUGUAGGCCCCCUAUUCAGCCUGAGCAGCAUUUAUGCGAAGGCGACCAAGAUCUGGAGGAUAUACUGUCGCCCAGCUUCAUACCCCCACAACAACAACAUCCACACCUGCCGCGCCCACUGUCCCACCCGGCCCUGUACGAGAGCCAGCAGCAGAUCAGAUCCCCCAACUGCCGACCCCAGAGUCAGCCCCAGCCGGGACAACAGCUGCAGUCCAGACCCGGGCAAGCCUUCCCUGAGCUCCCCUCCCGGUCCAGCGUCCCCCCUCUCCACUCCCAGGCCCAUCAGCCCGACUCCAACCUCUUCCCUUACAGCAGUGCAGAAGUAUCCAGCAUGCAGGAGAGCUACAAGUUCAGCAAAGCAACGAUGGAGAUGCAGCAGCAGUACGUCACCAGUCCUGGUGCCCCCGCCCCCACCCAGCACUCCUACCCCCCCCAGCACCCCCACCGCCAGCCCAACCACAUGGACUUCCCCCAGUCGCAACCUCAAGUGCCACAGGGCGCGUUGUGUCAGCAGCAGCAGCAGGUGUACAUCAAAACCGAACAACAACAUCCAGGUUCCUCUGAGUCGUGCAGCCAAUUUCAGCAAGAGAGAGGAGCCAGAGGCCUACCUCCCCCCCUUUGCCACCCCGGGCUUCAGGGAGGGGAUCAGCAGCAGAGGCACGCAGCCCUGAGGAUGCACCUCCUUCAGAGGCAAGAGCAGCAGCGCCUCGGACACCCUCCUCACCCGGGGGACCUCAAACCAGGCCUGAGGCCGGUAAAGAUGGAGAACGGGCCGCGCUUCGAGUUGCCUCCAGGGCCUCUGCACCACCCGCAAGGCCGAGGGGAGAUGGGCAUGGGUGGCGGUAUGGGGGGCGGCAUGGGGGGUGGCAUGGGGGGCGGCAUGGGGGGCGGUAUGGUGGGCGGGGUGCAGAUCAAGCAGGAGCCCAACGCCCACCCCCCCUUGUCAACCUGCGAGCAGAGCAGCUCCCAGAGGAGUAUCCUGGCAACCAUGGAACAGACCCUCCGCCAGUACCAGCUGUCGCCUGUCUUCGAGAGGAAGUCGCUCAACAUCAAGUCGCCCAAUAAGAUCAAGGUAGAGUCGUCAGGUGCUGUAACGAUACUCUCCACCAACGCUGAUCUAGGAGGGGGUGGUGGGGGAGGGGGAGAGGACGCAGGGCCGGCGUUCCCCACCAGUGGGAUGAAGAGGCACCCAGACUUCACCCCUAAGAAGGAACCCUUGCUCCAGAGCUUUGUCGACUCCCCUCUAAAACUCCUAGACACACCCAUCAAAAACCUUUUGGACACGCCCAUUAAGACCCAGUAUGAUAUCCCAUCAUGCCACUGCGUCGAUCAAAUCAGUGAGAAGGAUGAGGGUCCUUAUUACACUCACCUAGGGGCUGCUCCUAAUGUCAGCACCAUCAGAGACAUCAUGGAGACCAGGUCUGGCCUGACUGGUAAGGCCAUCAGGAUUGAGAAGGUUGUGUACACAGGAAAGGAGGGGAAGAGCACACAGGGGUGUCCCAUCGCCAAAUGGGUGAUCCGGCGGGGAAGCAAGGAGGAGAAGCUGCUGGUCCUGGUUCGAGAGCGGUCGGGUCACAAGUGUGAAACAGCGUGCAUCAUCGUGGUUAUCCUCAUCUGGGAUGGAAUCUCCACCUCCACGGCAGACAGGCUGUACGGGGAGCUCAGCGACACCCUGCGCAAACACGGAGCCCUCACGCAGCGACGCUGCGCCAUCAAUGAGGAGCGGACGUGUGCGUGUCAGGGUCUGGAGCAGGAGGCCUGUGGAGCCUCCUUUUCCUUCGGCUGCUCUUGGAGCAUGUACUACAAUGGCUGCAAGUUCGCAAGGAGCAAGAUCCCCCGCAAGUUCAAGCUGCUGGGGGACGACCCCAGAGAGGAGGAGAAACUGGAGCAGAACCUACAGAAUCUGGCAACCGUGAUGGCCCCCACUUACAAAAUCCUGGCACCCGAUGCGUACGCAAACCAGGUGGAGCAUGAGCAGCGAGCGCCCGACUGCCGUCUGGGUCUGAAGGAGGGACGGCCUUUCUCAGGGGUCACUGCCUGCAUGGACUUCUGUGCCCACGCCCAUAGGGACCUGCACAACAUGCAGGGGGGCAGCACUGUGGUGUGCACUCUGACCAGGGAGGACAAUCGCGAGAUCGGCAAGAUCCCUGAGGACGAACAGCUGCACGUGCUGCCUCUCUACAAGGCCUCCAACACGGACGAGUUUGGCAGUGAGGAGGCACAGCGUGAGAAGGUGCAGUUAGGAGCCAUCCAGGUCCUCAGCUCGUUCCGCCGUCAGAUCCGGAUGCUCUCGGAGCCGGCCAAGUCCUGCCGGCAGAAGAAGCUGGACGCCAAGAAGGCGGCGGCCAACAAGAACGCCAUGAUGGACACGCCCAACGCCAAGGCGGAGAAAGCUGCCAUCGCACUUCAGGCUAAGAUGAAGAGCACUUACGAAAGUAGCACUGCGCAGAAUGUCCCAGGGCCAGGUGUGAACCCCAGCUCUGGCCAGCCACCCCACCCUCUGGGCGCCCACCAUCAGCAACUCCAGCAACAACAGCACCAGAAUGCCCUUCCCCCUUACCCAGGCUCCCCGCACCCAGCCAGCUACCCCCGCUUUCCAGAACACCCCAGCGCCUUUCCAAGCACUUCCAAACCAGGUAGCAAGUACCCACUUCAGCAACAAGCACCAGCAAACCCUUACCCUUCCCCCUUGCAUGUUCCAAACUCUCCCUACAUGAACGGAUCAAAUCCAGCAGUCAGCGCUUAUCCCGGAUCCCUCAACCCCGGGAGCCCUUACACUGGUUACCAGUGCAACGGAGGCAUGUCCCUGGACACCUACCACCCUUACUACACUUCGAACCCAAAGCAUCUGGACAUGUACCGGCAGCAGCGUCCAACGCUGUACCCUGAGCAGCAGUAUGCCACGCACCAACGCUACGGGGUGAACUGCCCACCACGUUACGGCGAACCCGGUUUACAGGUCAACGGGUACAGCAACUGUAGCAUGCGGCCUGGUGGCGUUCACCCCAUGAGUCCGUAUCCCUCGUACGGCCCCGCUGGUGCCACCGAUCCCCAGUUCCUCGACGCCCUCUCCCGAUCUCCCGCGGCCCACCCCGGUCUGGACUACGCCGCAGCUGUGAGCAAAGGCAAUCAGUUUGGCGGUUACCCCAACUCGUACCUCGCCCAGAGCCAGCAUAUGUACCCUCCGGGACAGGACCCAUUCCGGAUGCAAAUCAAGACAGAGAUGGGUCUGCCCCCAGGGGCAGUAGGCAUGGGGACUCAGGACCUUCCUCCUCAGCUGGGAGGGGACUGUCUGACUCCGACACAUCCUGGGUUCGGGCUCCCAAACGGCGGCUUUCAGAGCCCCAUGAUCAAGCAGGAGCCCGGCACUCCGCAGACCCCCACCACGCCCACCACACCCCAGAAGCCCGAGAUGUGGUCCGACAACGAGCACAACUUCCUGGACCCGGACAUCGGGGGCGUAGCGGUGGCGCCCAGUCACGGCUCCAUCCUCAUCGAGUGCGCCAAGCGAGAGUUGCACGCCACAACGCCCCUCAAGAACCCCGACCGCAACCACCCGACGAGGAUAUCCCUGGUGUUUUACCAGCACAAGAACAUGAACGAGGCCAAGCACGGCCUGGCUCUGUGGGAGGCCAAGAUGGCGGAGAAGGCGAGGGAGAAGGAGGAAGACGCGGAGAGGAACGGAGGGGAGGGGACGCCAAGCAAGAGCAACAAGAAGGGGGUGAAGCGAGAACACGUGGACACGACGGAGCCGGUUGGAGAACCUCCUUACAAGCGGUUCAUCCAGUCCCUGAUGCAAGGGUCUCAUUCUUUCACCACUAACACCUACGUCAACUCAACCCCCUUCGCAUUUACUAAGGUCACGGGGCCGUACAGCAAGUUUGUCUGAAGGACCCAGAUGCAGGUGAGUUCACCAUCAGCCAGCGUGAGAAGCAGUGAGAACACUCAAGGUGCUAUUUUGACAUGAAACUGAGACCUCAGGCACCACUGGCCUCACGUUUGGAGGAUCAAAUCCAAACUUAAAGGCAAGAUGCAAUGGCAGAUGGGUGUGUGUGUGUUUGGGGAGUGGGUGAAGACAGCAAACCUGAGAACUGUUUGAUUGAUUUGUACCAUCUUACAUAUCAGGUCAGUCAUCUCCUGAGAAAUCCAGCUUUAUGAUAUAGGUGUGAGCCUUCCCAAUAACGAAGUAUUUAUUUAUUCUUUGGGUUUCUGUAACAAGAUACACUUUGUCAAAACUCAUCUUCUGGUGCUUCUGGUCCGACACAAGGACUGAUCUAUUUAACUGGACUUUUUGGCUGGCUUUACUUUUCUAACCCAAUGUUUUAUACAAGAGAUCAUGACAAAAACAAUACUUUGUGGGUGACCACACCCACGGUGCUGAAGUCUAGGGUGUCUUUUUGUUAAAUUGCCUUCAAACUCAUUGAUUAACAUGUACAAUUUUUAAGUAACGAGCAACAUCGCUGGUUGAAAUAUUUGAACAGGAUGACACUGAAAAUACUGUAUCAUUGACUAACUAUCAUCAGCAAAAUUUUCUUUAGUGAAAAUUUGUGUUUCCUUAAGCACUUUUGAUAAGUUAAAAUCGUUGAUAACGCCUUCAUUACCGGAACACAAAACACACUGCUGCGGUGCAAGCAAGUUACUACUUUCUGAACAUUCAAGCCAUGACAUUGAGCAUGGAUUUGUUGAUCUUCAAAAACUGAUAUAAUGCAAAUGAGAUUUGUAUCAAGUAUUUUUUUUCUGGUGCUUCUUAUACAGUUUACCAGUCCUUACUGUAUUCUUCAGACUGUAAAAUCGAUCCAUUCUCAAAAAGGUGCCGUUUUGAAUUGUACUGUUUCAAACCGUCAGGCAACAGGCAAGUUGUCUUGCAAUUAUUUCAGUUUUCUUUGUAAAAGUUACAUGGUUGUUGUUGACCGUUUUGACUUUUUGAACGCAGGUUCACUGAACAAACCUGGAUUGUGAAUAUUAGCCACAAAGUCAUGCAACUGUUAAAUUGAACAUGUUCUCCAUCUUGUUACAUGAUGAAGAAUGUGUUCCAGGGUUCAGAGUUAGUUUCACAGUUUCAAAAGGCAGCUGGCUUGCUGUGGGGUCUGGAACAAUUGUAAUGUAGAUGUAUGAUAAAGAAAAGUUGAGAUAUGUACAGUAAAUUAAUUCUUGUCAUUUACGCAAUUUUACAGUUUCGAUUUUAGAUUUGCUGUAAAAAAAAAAAGAAAAAAAAGAAAAAAAAAGUUAUAUUUCAUUGGGUUUUGACUUUUUCUUAUUUCCCAUGGUGCUAUACUCAACUUACUAGAAACGUGAAAUGUGACUUUGGGGCGGUGAGAAGAUGAUUAAUGAAUAAUGUACAGCAACUACUUGCCAUAUACCUCAGAACUAGUUUGGCAGUAGGAUAGUUAUUUACAACAAAAGGUUACAACUACAAUAACAAGUCCUUCAGGCCGCAAGGCUAAGUUCAUUGCUUACUUUCGUUAUGCUUGCUCUGUUUGAAAGUAUUACUUGAACUCGAGCUUUGUUGUGAUAGCAAAAUCAGGGAUAUUUUCAACUAAUUUCUGUGCACGCAUACAUCUCCUGUGCUCCAGCUAGUUUCUAUCAGGGAUUUUUCUCCACUUUUUAAAAAUUCCCAAUGAAUUACUUGUAAAUAUUACACUUAAAAAAACACAAUUACCUUUGGUAGAUACAGUAAUGAUAUUGACAACCUGCUUUUUUGUUCUUCUGUUUUAGAUUGAUGGUAAACUUUUAAGAAGUAAUUUGAAUUUAUGCACUGAAAUUGACUAAAGGGAAGUGUUUGGCAUUGAAGGUUGACAGAAAUGUGUUUGGUCUUGCCAAGAGGCCAGUCCAGGGCAGUUAUAACCAUAGAAGACGUGUGCCUGUGUAUAGUUAAUUCUAAAUUUAUUUAUAACCACUAAACAAUUGUAUUUUGGUUAAUUGGUUAGUCCCCACUUCCCUACCCCUUUUCCAUUUGAUUUAAUGUGGUAUUUGAUGGAAUAAUUAUUAUAAUUGAGUGAGGACUCCCCCUAUUCUGACAUCUUUUGUAUUCUGAAAGCACUUCUUUUUUUCAGAAAAUGUCAUGAAACAUAACUUUUUAUUUAAAAUAAGAAAGUAGAUUAUUGUAAAUGUGUUUAAAAGUAAAUUAUGCCACGUUGUAAAUACCAUGGUUGUUUGUAUUGCAAAAAAUACAAGUUUUUUAACACCCUGCUAUUGUUAUAUGUUAAAUGGUGUAGGUUUCUUGUAGUUUUGUCAGAAUGUACCCACGACCCAUUGUCUAUCAGCAAUCAUCAUCAUAAUCAUCAUCUUGUCCUUUUAAUCUAAUUUGAGUAUUUUCCAAGUUGACAGAAUGGUUGAAUAACCCCAGUAGGGUUAGUAGAAGCUACUCUGUCAAAUACAGGUCUCCCUUCCAGUUAGUUCAAUCACUUCAAGAAGACUUUUUUUGUACAGGAUUCCAUUUUUGUAAAGAAAAGAAAAUGAAUAAUUAUUUUUUUUUUUUCUCAAUGUUAAAUUUCUGUGUACAGAACCCAGCAACAGUAGCAGGUUGUGGUCGUGAAAGGCAAUGUUUCCAUGACGAUAUAGCGGGUGAGCAUCAUAGCCAUACUUGAAGACGCUUCAGAGUGAGCCAGCGUUACUUGAAUGACUUUCUAAGCUUGACUAACUAACACCCCAAAGCUCCCUGCUCUGUGUUAGCCAGCAGUUUAACAUACACACGUUGGUGUUUUACAGUUUUAACAGACACUAAAGGGUUAGGAAAUUGUUUUCUGCCUCUCUUUUUUUUGUUUACCGCUUCCCUAAUCCCCCCCCCCCCUUCUGAAGAUUGGUAUGCUCCAAAAAAUGGGAUAAAGGAUGGAUAUACAUACUGUAAGUAUUGUAAUGUACUGAAUGCAGUUUAUUUGAAAGCUGUUUAUUAUAUCAUUCCUGAUAUUGCUGAGAUGUGGGUGUUUUUAAUAAAAUUUAUAUUUAUUUAAAGCA